AUGGGGGUUAAAGUUGAGAAACAGGAAAGUGCUUUUGAUGACAGUUGGAUUGGAGAUGCACGUAGUGAUACAGCUACUCAGCAGAUCAAGAUCGAGAAGCAGGAGGAUGAAUUUGGAGAAUGUGAAUUUGCAACUAGCAACGUCAAAGAUGAGUCAUCCUCACACAAUGGUUCAACUUCCAAUCAGGAGAAUGAUAGCAGCCAAGAACCAGCGCCAGAGUGCAGCACUGCAUGCUCUCUAACUGAUGGUGAUUUCAGCCAACAGCAUUAUCUAAUCCCUGGAUAUAAUCUAAUAUUCAUCAAAGAGGAAGAAUAUGUUGAGCAAGAGGCAGAAGGAUGUUCAGUGGAGAGUGAACCGGAGAUGUGGCCUUCAAACUGCAGCACAUCUGGCCGAGACUAUGCAACAGAAGUGGGUGGACUGAAUGCACAUUCAAUCUCUCCAGUGGAAAAGUGCACUGAGCCAUCUGUGGCUGGCAAAAAGAUCAAGCUCUACAGCUGUGCUGACUGCAGCUAUGAAACAAAACGGUUCAGUCAUUUGAAGAGUCACAUGAUAAAACACACUGGGGCAAAGCCUUUCAGUUGUGAGUUAUGUGACUAUAAAUGUGCUCGAUCAAGUGAUUUGGAUAGACAUACCAGAACACAUACCGGAGAAACAACUUUCAGCUGCGAGUAUUGUGACUAUAAAUUUGCUCGAUCAGAUGCUUUGAUAUCACAUAUUAGAACACAUACAGGAGAAACACCUUUCAGCUGCGAGUAUUGUGACUAUAAAUGUGCUCAUUCAAGUGAUUUGAAGAAACAUAUCAGAACACAUACAGGAGAAACACCUUUCAGCUGCGAGUAUUGUGACUAUAAAUGUUCUUCUGCAAGUGCUUUGAAGAAACAUAUCAGAACACAUACAGGAGAAACACCUUUCAGCUGCGAGUAUUGUGACUAUAAAUGUGCUCAAUCUGGUUCUUUGAAGAAACAUAUAAGAACACAUACAGGAGAAACACCUUUCAGCUGCAAGUAUUGUGACUAUAAAUGUGCUCAAUCAACUAAUUUGAAGAGACAUAUAAGAACACAUAAAGGAGAAACAGCUACUGGCUGAAAAUUUGUGACUUAAUGUGUACUCAUUCAAAUUUAUUUCACUGUGGUUCUUAGGGUGGUCACUAAUAACAGGCCAAGUGUGUUGAACAUCUGUGUACAUUCAUGUCGCCAUUCAUUGUUGUGUCAUCACAGCUAAAGGCUUCAAACAACAUUUUUUUAAGGUUCUGAAUAUUGACCCACACCUUGACUCUAUUCAAAUUGCCAGGGUCACCCCGGGUUGGCGUCUGGGGAGGGGCGUAGUAGGGGAUGCUGCUCACAGUGUGGUGUGUGCCGGCCGGUGGUUGGAUCAGCAGGGUGAACGGCCUCUUGGGGACGGCUGGGCUCCUCGCGGUGUUCGGUGUCUUCCAGAUACACCACGGUUGUCAUCUCACAACACUGAAAUUCCUUUCUGAGAGGGGAUUGGGGGAUUGGCCAUGCUUUCGCACUACCUGG